UACUGUGCAUCCGUUUUUCUUAGUUCAUUAUUGUGAAAUAUCCUUUAGAAGGAGAUAUUCACACUGAUAAUGUCCACGACUUCGGAAAAUGGAAUUAAAGAGAGCAUUUAUCAUGAAAAGUAUACUCCACCAAUUACUAUGCUUGGUAAAGUACUUGAAAACUCGAUUGCCAACGGGCAAGGUGGUGAGUUUCAAGAGAAAAUCAUUGUAAACGGAGUAGUAGAUGCGAAUCGUGGUGAUGGGACAAUAACAGGUAACGAUCACGGUGAAGAAACUGACGGGUAUGCGAAGAUGCCUUUUCCACUUCCUCCUCACUGUCAUGAUAACGUGGAUCGGCUUCUUGCUACUGAAAUUCCCACAGCUACUACAAGCAAAGAUUUAGAAAUAAACCAAAAAUGUUGCAUAUGUGGUCCACCAAAAGGCACCAGUAAACCCGAGUACACAAAGCUAUCCUUAUUUCCUAGUGUUCAGAGAGAGGUUCAUGAACUUUUAAAAAUUUUAACUGCUCCAGAUGAUUCGGAUGCCUGUUGUGAAAGAUGUCUGGGUUUUAUGAAAACUUUUAUAAAACUAAAAAAUGACUUUUUGAGUAUGAAGAGAUUAAUUAUAUCACUUAACGCUGAUGCACAACUAGAACAAUCAAAGACCAUUAACCAUACAGAAUUAGAAAAAGAAGAACACGGUUUGAAUGAUCAAGAAAAUGAAACACACAAUUUGGACAACCAAGAACAAACCAGUGAGGUUUUAAUCAAGAAAGAAACCAUAUAUGGCUUUGGAUAUGAGGAAACUUGCGACAGGAAUCUUCCACCUGCAGAUGAAUGUGGAUCACAUGAAAGUACUCACACUGGGCAGAGACAUUAUAUGUAUAUAUUGCAUCCAUUCAGAUGUCAUAAUUGUAAUGAAAAAUUUUUCAACAAGAUUGCUUUCUUAAAGCACAACGAAGAGUGUAUGAAAGAUGAUGUUACAUCUACAACGGAAACAGAAUCCGUGGUAAAGGAUGACAAGAAAACUUCCAUUGAUACUGGAACAAAAUCAUUAACUUAUUUGCAUUGCGAUAAAACAUUCAGUAAGGAUAAUGAACGAACAAGGCAUAACAAAAUCAAUCAAUUGAAUUGUUCUUAUUGUGGUAAAUCUUUUAAGAGGACAAGUGCUCUUAAAAGGCAUGAGAAAAUUCAUGCUAUAUACACUUGUUCUCAUUGUGAUAGAACAUUCAAGAGGAAAGUGGAUCUUGUUUCACAUGCAGUCAUUCACACAGAUGACAGACUCAAAUGUAAAAGUUGUGAAAAGACUUUUACCAGGAUGGCUGAUCUAGUAGAACAUGGAAAAAUCCAUGAGUUAAAGUGCCAUCAUUGUGAUAAAUCUUGCUGGGGACCCAGAGCUCUUAAAAAACAUGAGAAGAUCCACACUGAUGAAAAGAAACACAAAUGUAACCACUGUGGCAAGCCCUUUGCCUAUCGUUGUUAUUUGAAGAAACAUAUGGAAAUUCACACUGGGAAAAUUCACACUAGGAAAAGAAAAAAAUUGCGUGCUACUACUGGUAGUACAUACAUGUACACUUGCUCACAUUGUGAUAGAACAUUCAAGAGGAAAGUGCAUCUUGUUUCCCAUGCAGUCAUUCACAAAGAUGACAGACUCAAAUGUAAAAGUUGUGAAGAGACUUUUACCAGGAUGGCUGAUCUAGUGGAACAUGGAAAAAUACAUGAAUUAAUAUGCUCUCACUGUGGUAAAUCUUGUUGGGGACCCAGAGCUCUUAAAAAGCAUGAGAAAAUCCACACUGAAAAAAAGAAACACAAAUGUAACCACUGUGGCAAGCCCUUUGUCUAUGCUUGUUAUUUAAAGAUGCAUAUGAGAAUUCACACUGGAGAAAAACCAUAUAGGUGCACAUACUGUACAAAAAGUUUUGCUUUAGGUCCAUGUUUGAAAAUUCAUAUAAUGAACAAGCACACUGGAGAAAAGCCAUACAAAUGCCAAUAUUGUGAACGAGGAUUUUCUGUCAAAAUUGCUUGUAUAGAACAUGAACGCACUCACACUGGCGAGAGGCCAUUUAAGUGUGAUUUUUGUGACAAAAGUUUUAAGUCAAGAUCACAUUGGUUAAGUCAUGUGAAAAAUCACCAAGGUAUUUUAAAACCACUGGUUUGUUCUUACUGUGGAAAAAGAUUUACAGUCAGGAGUUUACUUGUGAUACAUGAAAGAACUCACACUGGAGAGAAGCCAUUCAAAUGUAAUUACUGUGACAAAAGAUUCAUAAGAAAAAAUAAAUGUAAUGAACAUGAAAGGAUUCACACCAGAGAUAAAACUGUCAAAAUUAAACCAAACCAAUAAAAAGGUGAAAAAUGAACUAAAAUUAAGAAAAGUAAUGCUGAGAUCCUGUGAAGACAUAGUAUCCUAGUGGUGUAAAUAUGAGUUGAAACAUGGACAGUACAGUGGCUAGACUGAUGUUUGACAUGUACAUAACUUGUAGACCCCAGCACAGUGAAAACACAUUCAGACCUCAGCACAUGGAAAAUGCAUUUAGAUCACAGUGCAUGCAUACCUCAUUUAGGGGUCCACACUCUAGUAAUGUGAUUUCUACUCCAGAGGCACUGAGAGAAUCCAAAUCCAUACAUGUAAAGCGUGCAUUGUCAGGAACAUGAAUACAUUUUCCCACAGUGAGCCUGACAGGAAUCAGGACUCAUGAAAAAUUGCUUUACCUCAAAUAAAAGUUUGCAUAUUUAG